AUGGCAGGAGCCGCUAUUAAGAAGGCGUCGGACGCUGCGGCUGUUGCAGCUGCUGAGGCCGCUUUAGCAGCCGAAUCUCUCGAGCGUGAAGCAGCAGAAGCUGCUGCAGCGUUGAAAGCGCAAAAAGAAGCCGAGGAGGAGGCCGCAAGGCAAAAGAGGCAGCAGGAUCAGGACGAAUUGGACGUCGUGGCGGUUGGAGCCGUCGCGCACGUGAUUCGACGCGCUUUCCGCACGUUCUACGCGGCUCCCGAGUCUUCAAAGGAAGCUACCGAAGUUUCUAUUGAAAAUGAAGCAACAGAGGACCCAUCGGAGCGAGCAGCGGAGCCAGGCGAGCUCCAGCAAGAAGAGGACGUUACUACGAAAAAUUUUGAAGAGCAAGAGGCAGAGAAGAGUCCGUAUAUCGCUAUUUCUCAGGCUCGGAAGGACGCUAUUGCUCAAGAACUGGAGAAAAGGCACGAAAAAGCAAGAGCCUUACUUAAAUUCAUGGAAACAAGACAGCAAGAAGCAGCAGACGCCGAUACUCGGGUCGCCGAGGAGUUAAGUCGAAGUGGAUUGGUCAUAAAGGCGCAGAUUCCGGUGGGUCCGACGUAUUUAAGACUAGAUGACCACGAAUUGCGGGUUUCUAAAGAAAAAGGAGCGGACUUCGGUGAUUUUGCAGACUCUUUACUACACGCGAAGACGCUGGUGGCUGAAUAUGAGCAAAAACGUAUGGAGGGUAGUGGAAAUGUGAAGAGAAUGAUGUUAUCACCUACACGCCGAACUGCAGCUAGUGAAAGUGGAGAGCAUAUUGGGUACCUUGACACGACAAAGUCGUCUUGUAUACGCACCGAAGCGACGCUGGAACAACAUAAAUACCACAUUGCAGAAGUCAAAACUAUUCAUACCGAGCAACGCGCUAUUGCUGGGAAAUCUUCGCUGCAGAAUGACACAGAGCAUGAAAAUAAUAAACAAGAUCAGGAUCCGUUGUCAUCACCAAUAGAGCAAGAACUGAAAAUGAACGCGGUCGAAAAGCGGAAAAACAUGGCGAUUCUCGAGCGUAUGCAGACCAAACUCGACUUUGUGCGAAAUCCGCGGUAUGCUGUACCCGACCUCAGCAAGACUAGCACAGGAGAUGGCCUCACUGAGAGCGAUUCUACCGUAAAACCGUGCUUCGAUAUCGUACCAAAGCCCCCGAUCAUAUUUACUGACUACGACAUCGGUGGGAUAUACGAACAAGUCGUGUAUGUACGCAACACCGGUCUUUUAUCUCGGUGUGCACGUAUCCUCCCACCUGGUACGAUAUUCUUCUCGAUGGCUAGUGUAUUAUUCCCCGAAGAAAGCGGUAUGGUUGCACCUGGUAUGCACGUAGAGCUGCGUAUUCGCUUCGCUCCAGACUCGCGUGGUGACUACAAGGACAGCUUUACGGUACAGUAUGAAACAGAACAGUCCGUCGCUCCGGGGUCGUCCGGAACGCCAGGAUCUGCAGGUUCAGCGCAGAUGAUUGUUCCAAUAAUGGCACGUCGUACACCUCCUGAAUUGACGUUGUCUCUGGUGGUUCGUGCUCAGAACACUCUCGUCGGUGGACGUUCCGUCACGUCGCUCGUGUGUAAAAAUCUAGGAGGUAAAGGGCGAUUCUGGCUGAUGAACGAAUCAACGUGGUCUAGACUGGAACAUCUUCAGGUUGUUAGUGGAUUAAAUCCGACCCGUUCUGCAAUUGAAAUGCUCGGUGGUGAGUACGAACUUGGAGCUACAAUGGACGUGGGUCCUUUCCGAAUCUCGCCUAACGAUAUUGAACUGGAUAAGGGCGAAAGUGUGACGUUUGAUCUCGAAUACACUCCUUCUAGUGUCGGAGAACAACGCGAACGCUUCGUCAUGGUUUGUGAUAAUUGUCUCGUACGUGUAUUUCAGAUCGUAGGUCGGGGUUGUCAGGUGGAUGUAGCAGCUACACAUGUAAAUGAUGUGCCGAUCGAUACAUCUAUUGCUGAAAUGGGGCAAAUGGAUCGAUUAUUCUUUACCGAUGAAGUACUCGUGAACGCUCGUUCUCAACAGACUAUCGUCAUUGCAAACGACACUCCCAUCGACGUUAAAUACUCCUGGAAGAUAGAGCCUUUAAUGGAGGGAACUCUAUAUGGUGGGUGUGACUGGACUCCGCCGUAUCGUAUCACCCCAACAAGUGGUGUAUUUGCGCUGUCAUCGUCGAAGGAGUUUACUGUCGAUUUUUCACCUGUUGAAGCUCGCACAUAUGCGUGUCAAGCGACUCUUAUGAUCAACGAUAUCCCGGCGUGUAGCAUGCCUGGACCUGGUCAGAUGGCACAUCUCAAAGCUGCGUUUCAGACACAAGACGAUCCUUCACAAAGUCCUCGAGAUGCAGCCAACGCAGCAAGAAAACUACAAGAUGAAAUGCCAGGGUUUUUGUUUCAAUUGCAUGGACGUGGGAGGCUUGGUAGCUUCACGAUCACUCCAGCUCUCAACGAUUCGUGGAUUUCUUUAAAAGAGGACAGCUCUGACUGUAAACCGGUGCAAUUGUUACAACAGAAGCAAAGAUACUCAACUUCUGUGGUUCUAAAGAACCAGAAUGAUGCACCCAUCACGUUCUGUUGGGAUCUUGCGAGGUUACGGCAACGACACUUGGCUGCAAGUGGAGGUCCAGCAGAGUCGACAAUGAUACCGCCAACUAAAGGAAAAACGUCAAGUUUCGAGUUGGCACUCACUCCGCUUACAGGUGAACUAAUGCCUUUGGGACAACAGCGUAUCGAUCUUACCUUCACGCCUUUUUGCACGGGAUCAUUCUCUCUUAGUGUGCCUUGUCGAAUCGUUACUCCACAUGACAUCAACGACCUUAAAACACCUCGUUUUGAGCGCUGGUUGCUUCUUGAAGGAGAUGUUGCUGGAGCAGAGAUUGAGAUUGUUACACCAGAAAUUGACUUCGGACUGGUGCUCGUUGGAGCAAGUGCUGAGUCUUUUAUCACAAUUAAGAAUCCGUCUCCUAGUGUAACUACACAUUGGAGGUUUCUACACUUAGAAGGGUCAUCAUCUGAGUCAGGAUUGAUUCAAGCACAGUCUUCUCUAGGUUCUAAACUUCGACGAUCAAGCUCGAAAGAGUCUGUUAUGUCGCGACAUUCCGCGAUAUCCUCGAGUUCUGGUAACGAGACGGAGCGCAGUAGUAUCUUUACUUCGAGGGAUAUACCACCACGAGCCACUGUAGCGUUCGCUCCUGAAAAUGGACAGCUAGCACCCGGUGAAUCGUUCACUGUGAAGGCUACGUGUAUGGCUGGGUCUCUUCCCCAGCGUUUCCGUGGCUUCUUUACUUGUCAAGCAGCUCAAGAACAAAAAUUCUCUGGAUCCGAUACGAAAGGUGCAAGCGCUGCCGUGUCUGCGCGUGCGGAGAUUCAGUGUCCCAACGUGUUUCUUUCUACGACCCGGUUGCCACUGGGAACAACUUACAUAGGCGUGGAGAUCCAUAGAACCAUUGAACUUGUGAAUGUCUCCAACCUCGAGACGGCAUUCAAAUUUGUAGAGCCUGAAGGUGCAUCUCGAGCGUACUCUAUUACUUUUUCACCAAAACAAGGUACAAUUCACUCGAAAGAACGCCUUGUAGCGACGCUGAAUUAUACACCAAGACAAGUCGGUCGAUUCACAGUCAUUCUGGCGUGUAGUAUACGUGGCUUACCUGCUCCGUUAGGCUUCGAAGUUACCAGCAACCACAAAGGGUUGGUACUCUCCUACGACCUUGUUCAAUCUCAUUCCACUUCCAUUAUACCGAAAUCUCCGAAGGAAAUCGCGAUGGAACGUGGCAUUCCUCUCUCGGACUGUGACUUGGAACCAGAAACGAAUCCGUUAAGCAGUGUUCCUAAACUUUCGUUCGGAGAUAGUGUAACUCUUGGUGAGAGGAAAGUAUUGAGUCUUCUGAUCCGAAACUUCAGCGGCAUCGAGGCUCUCGUAGAUCUGGAAGCCAAGAAGUUCCCAGCCGCAACAGGCAUCGGGACUUUAACGCGACAAGAUAGUACAGAGUCUUUGUCGUCUCCGAGUAACAGUAAAUGGAGAAGCAAAUUGGCUCUGUCCAAGACUCAAAAUUCUCCUAGGACGAAUUCUUAUCGAGGUGUCCAGGAACUUUCAAAAUCUCGUCUUUCUGACGCCAAAGACGAUGGGAAUCGAUACCAGUCCGACAAAGGACGUGCAUAUCUGCGCCAACGAGCAGAAGACAUUGAAGACCGGCAGGUAUUGAGUGGAGGUCGUGGUGUAGCGUUCCAACUCUCCCCAGCUCGUGUUCAUAUUCCUCCAUGGGAGCAAGUGGUCGUGCGAGUCACUUGCUUUAACAACAUGCCUGGUACUUAUGUGGACGACAUUGUUAGUCGAGCAAUAGGGGCUCCUCCUGUGUUCUUACAUGCUAAUGUGGGGGUUGUAGGAACUCCCCUUACACUAGAUCGCAACUGUGUGGGCUUAUACUUUGGCAAACCUGUACCGGAGGGACGAUCUCAAGUCAUUCUUCGACAACCGGCGUUGAAUUUUGGUGACGUUUGUGUACGUUCAUCAAUGAUCACAAGGACUUUACGAGUGGUGAACCGUGGACCUCAACGAGCUCGUCUCAAGUGGAAAUUGGUCGAGAAUGGACGUGAAGAUCAACUUGUGACUGUAACUUUGCGUGUUGACUUUGGAUCGAGACUGCAACUGCGGAUCACACCUUGCGACGACGACAGUAGCGCUGCUCUUCCGUUCAUGAUCGAACCUCAGUCAGCUAUGGUGCCAGCGUUUAGUACUACGCCAUUCCGGAUUACCUUUAGUCCUCCGAAAGACAAUGAGGGAGCUCCGAGAGCUCUGCUUUUAGCCGAUGCACACUGGUAUGAUACCAGUGUUGAAGAAAGCCAUUUCGAUAGCUCCAGUUCUCUUUCUACCGGUCCCGUUUCAAUGGAAAUUGAUCCAAGACAAGAAGAUUCAAGCCCCACGAGACAAAAUAACAGUCCAACACACGCGGCUGGUAAAGCGUUUACCGCUGUGCGUAUGGCCAACGCGAUGGUUCGGAAGCCUGGUCUAGUGAUGGAAAGUACGCCAGCCUCUUCGUUCAGUCCCAAAUGCCUCCGUGUGCUUCUGUCAGCCGACGUUAUCGAACCGGAACUCUUCAUUGACAAGCCCAGAGAGCAGGUACAACCACCGUCUCCUGCGUCUGAAAGGAAUACUGCAAGGAAGAACAGCUCAGCGACAGUCUCCCUUCAAAAGUCCUUAGCUCCGUACCACAUCAAAUUCACGACAUGGUCCACACUCGUGUCCACAUCAGCAGCUCAGCAUCUCUUCCAUCGGCGUGAGCUCUUCUUAGUCAACCGAUUGGGGUCUAGAGUGACGUUCCGACUGGAAUGUGAUGGUCCAUUUGCCGUCGCACACGCUGACUCACUAGCCCCACGACAUCCGUUGUCCAUGGCUGAUCUCCCCGCUGCUCACCGACGAUCCACAGCUCAAGGCGAGUCCUACAUGUUCAUGCUGCCUCCACAGAUGUCCGUGCGUAUCGAUCUACGAUUCUUACCGUCCGCCUCACUACUGACCGAUACGUCAACGUUAAAAUCCAAGUCAAGUCUCCCUCAGCAGCAACCUCUACACACUCAAUUCAACGGUGAAUUGCGUGUAAAAUUCGCAACGAAAUCGGUGCAAAUCAUCCGUCUUGCUGCGGUAGUCUUACGUCCUGCCAUCGUGGUGUCUCCGUCGGUAUUUUUCUUCGGUCGAGUGCAUCUCUCAGCCUCUCGAUGUGUCAUCUUACGCCUUGCAAACCCUACAGUCGUCCCAGCACAAUUCUCCAUUCAACAUGUACCGAGACCUAAGCCAGUCUCACGAGCACAGCAACAAAAAAUGAGUCAGCAUCACGCACACCUAACGGACGAUCCUGCCGUCUUCACGUUUGCACAGCUUUCAGGCGAACUCCAAGGUCCUACCACGACGCUCAAGUCCGCAGGGGGAUAUCUCUCAACAACCGACUCGAUCAAAGAUCUGUUGGAAAACGCAACCACCACGCAUCCACUUGUCCACGCACCAUUGGAGCUCCGAGUUGAGUUCCAUCCACGAGAAAGUGGGCGACGAUACAAAAGCCGCUUCCGCUUUAACGUCCAACACGGUCGGGAUUUUGAAGUGGCUCUGGAAGGCAUUGGACACUUGGAUGAAGUCGAUAAUCCUCGUGAUGGUGAGCGACCGCUAGUGCGCGUUCGGGAACUGGAACACACGUACCAUAUCUUCCGAGAUACCUACAAUACCUCCAAGUAG